AUGAAUCAUCAUGAACAACCUCAAUCGUCGUCCUCCGUAGGAAAGGAAUCCCUCAAGCAGCCGUCUGUGUUGAACGCCCGAGAAAAAGUAAAACAACGCAUGGAUAAUGAAAUGUAUUUGAGAGCUCACCCAGAAUUAAAACAAAUGAUCGCUAAGGCAGUGGAUUAUAUUCUUUUGACGAAACCGGAAACUAGGGAUUUGCAUCAACAAAUUUGUAAAUUCUUCAUGCAAGAGAAUUUGAGAGAUAUUUGCAACAAUCAUUAG